UUCACCAUAUACAACUGUACUUACAUAUACAUACACACACGAAAGCCGCGUGACAUCCCAGCCUAGCCUAGAUCUCUGCAUCUCUCUCUCUCUGAAUCUCUCUGGUUUCUAUCAACAUUAUUCUACUCAGAUAAUGGCUGGCCGUUACGACUCCAACCCUUUCGACGAACAAGAAGAGGAUAAUCCAUUCGCGGGUGAAAAUGGUCGAGGUAGAGGGUCCAGCCAACCAAACUAUGGUGCAGGUGCAUUUUACAUGACAAAUCCUGGAAAUGUUGCCUCAGCAACUUCACUUUCACCACUUCCUCCUGAACCUGCUGAUUAUGAUCGUGGUGCAACAGUUGACAUUCCACUUGAUAGUUCCAAGGAUUUGAAAAAGAAGCAGAAGGAACUUCAGGCAAAAGAGGCUGAACUGAAAAAGAGGGAACAGGAAUUGAAAAGGAAGGAGGAUGCUAUAGCACGAGCUGGAAUUGUUAUAGAGGACAAAAAUUGGCCACCCUUAUUCCCAAUUAUUCAUCAUGAUAUUGCAAAUGAAAUUCCAAUCCAUCUACAGAGGAUGCAGUAUGUUGCUUUCACUACUUGGUUGGGUUUGAUAGUGUGCCUACUGUGGAAUUUCAUAGCUGUUACUGUUGCAUGGAUUAAUGGAGAAGGACCAACAAUCUGGUUUCUUGCCAUUAUCUACUUCAUAUCAGGGGUUCCAGGAGGCUAUGUCUUCUGGUAUCGGCCUCUUUAUCGUGCUAUGAGGACUGACAGUGCACUGAAGUUUGGUUGGUUUUUCUUGUCAUAUAUGUUUCACAUUGCAUUCUGCGUCUUUGCUGCAGUUGCUCCUCCAAUAGUUUUCAAGGGAAAAUCUCUCACUGGGAUCUUGCCAGCAAUUGAUGUCUUGAGUGAUCAUGCCAUAGCUGGGAUAUUUUACUUCAUUGGGUUUGCAUUUUUUACCCUUGAAUCAUUGAUCAGCAUCUGGGUCAUUCAGCAAGUUUAUAUGUAUUUCCGGGGCAGUGGCAAAGCUGCAGCGAUGAAACGUGAAGCUGCAAGAUCAACUAUGAUGGCAGCGCUAUGACACAUCAUUCAUUCGUUUUGACCUUUAAAUUCUUUUUUCUUCAUACUCGAGUUUUAGAGCCAAAAUUGAAAAAAGGCGAUAAAAAAUUACUUAACUUGCCAAGUAUAUCCUUUAAAAUUUUCUUUAUAUUCCAAAAGAGCGUUGUUAUUAACUUCUUUGUGCUAUCUCGUCUAGUUAUACAUGAAUUAAUUCCUGAAAUAUUUGUAGGAUUAUAUGGGGUGUUCUCCUCACAAAGUAAUAUACUAAUUUUAGUACUUGUUCCA